AUGUGCUCGGAACAGUGCAAACGGGAGUAUUAUUGCUCGAAAAAGUGCCAGAAAACUGAUUGGCCGAGGCACAAAGAGAAAUGUCAGCCGAUGGAACAGCACUUACUCGACAUGCGGCGCUCCAUACAAAAAAUCCAAGAGGUGCCCCACAUCAUGGAUGACCUCCGAACUGCCAUCGCCCUAGAGUUGCUCUCCAUUUUUCAGUCACCCAACACCGACCCAGAGGAGAUCCAUGUCAUUGUCAUUCUCGUCUUCAUACGUCCUUGCUAUCCACCGGACUACUUCGACCUCAUGAACCCGAACGUUCCCCUUGAGCCACUUUUGCAGCGAACCAUGUUCGGCACCCUGCGGUUCGUCCAUGUCCUGAACCGCGCCGAUGUAGAAGAAGAGCCGCUCGAAGAACAAUACCUCCUCUCGAGCCGGAUCCACGAAGCUUCCUUCAUACGAUUGGGAAACCGCAGGCUCGGACGGUGA